AUGUUCACUGCGCAUGCGUCGAUUCUCUCUUUUCCGGAGGCCACCAUGGCGGGUGAAGAACCAAAAAAGAAGGUGCCUUCAGUUCCAGAAAGCCUUUUGAAGAAAAGGAAGGCUUUCGCUGAGAUAAAGGCCAAACGUCUGAAGAGACUAUUGGUUCAGAAGAAGUUGCGAAAGGAUGAACGAAAAGUAAUCUAUAAAAGGGCUCAGGCCUAUCACAAAGAAUACAGGCAGAUGUAUCGACGUGAAAUUCGCAUGGCCCGAAUGGCUCGCAAAGCUGGCAAUUACUAUGUACCUGCUGACAUUAAUGGUGUUAGUCCCAAGGUUCGAAAGGUACUGCAGCUUCUUCGUCUGCGCCAAAUUUUUAAUGGGACAUUUGUGAAACUCAACAAGGCAUCUAUUAACAUGCUGAGGAUUGUUGAACCCUACAUUGCAUGGGGUUAUCCCAACUUAAAAUCUGUGCAUGAAUUGAUCUACAAGCGAGGCUAUGGCAAGAUCAACAAACAGCGUGUUGCUUUGACUGACAAUUCUCUGAUCAAGAAAUGUCUGAAAAAGUAUGGUAUCAUUUGUAUGGAAGAUCUGAUCCAUGAAAUCUACACUGUUGGAAAAAACUUCAAGGCAGCAAACAACUUCCUCUGGCCAUUCAAGCUGUCUUCUCCACGGGGUGGAAUGAAGAAGAAAACUACCCACUUUGUAGAAGGUGGUGAUGCAGGAAACAGGGAAGACCAGAUUAACAGACUCAUAAGAAGAAUGAAUUAAUGGUGCUAAGACUUCACGAAGCUUUGCAAAUAAAACAGUCUCUGUAAA